AUGGCGACGGCCAUGGACACACAUGUGAAAUUUCCCUAUAAAUCAGUUGUUAGGAAGAUUGUUACACGGAAUGUUAUCUUGCUGAUUCCUGUUCUAGUUAUUUUUAAAGUCUCUGUAAAUGGGGGUUCAUUAUUGGACCCGAUCGCUUAUCCUUUAGCCUCAUGCAAGUGUUUUACUGCCUUGAUAGCAAUCCUUGAAUUUACCUCCUGGCUCCUCAUUGUCCAGAAAUCUCAGAAAAAGGUGGGGAACUUGCUGAAGUCUGUUGCUGUUAUUCUCUUAUUCAGUGGUGUGUAUCACCUUGUAGCGAUUCUGUUUGGUGCACCGUUUUUAGCAUCCAGUGCAGAGACUUAUCACUUUGCUAUGCUUCUGACAGCGACCACAAUUCUGCCGGCUUGUUGUGUUUUAGGGCCUCCCUCUGCAAUCUGGAUACGUAACUAUUUUCUCAACAUGUCGGAGUUGGGAGUGGAAUCAGUGGUACACAUCUGCAGUAUUUGUAGCCUGCUAGGGGCCUGGCUGGGAGCCUUCCCUAUUCCUCUGGACUGGGACAGGCCUUGGCAGGUCUGGCCAAUCAGCUGUGUACUUGGUGUGUUGGGAGGGUAUUGUUCAGGACUGGUCUUGUCAACCUGCCAUCUUAUCUACUGCACAAGAAACAGGAAGUCCAAACUAUUCUAGUAGUAGAUGUCCUGAUCUCAUUAUUUAUUGAUGGAGCAUUCAUCUGAAUCAUCUUCAAACAGAAACGUGUAUUUUUUCUGUACAGUGUAUAUAUUUGUACAUGGUAUCCAUUGAUUGACAAAUGCAUUAAGUAGAUCAGUAAUUUUCCAAAUGUCCAUGGUUUGCUCACAGCACUUUGGGUUUCUUGAGUAUGACAAUAGGCUACAUUCAGAUAAAUAAAUUUAUUAGUA